AAUAUUUUGAGCUACCUUCAGUCUUCAACCAACCUUUGAGAAGUGAAUAUGUGCACAAUUUGACUCUUGAAAUAUCACAAACUUAGUUAAUUGAAUAAAUCUGUCAAAAUGUUGAAUAUAAUGGUGGCAAUAUUAGGAUUGAGUAUAUUUGUUCAAACUAUUUAUGGACAAACAUUAAAAGACACACAGAAAUUUCUCCAUGAGCCCAAGGAGCUACAGGAAGUUAUGGAAGGUGAAACCAUCAAAUUAGAGUGCUCGGUUGAAAACAAAUCCGGAGUUCUGCAGUGGACUAAGGAUGAUUUUGGUUUAGGAACUGACCGUGAGCUGGCUGGGUUUGACAGGUACAGAAUGACCGGAAACAACCAAACCUGGGAUUUGAUAAUUGUAAACGCAACUCUGGAAGAUAUUGGUAGAUAUCAGUGUCAAGUUGGAGCAACUGAAACCGUGGCUCCAAUCCGCUCCAAAUAUGCCGAAAUUUCUGUUCUAGCUGCUCCCGAAGCUCCAGUGAUCACUGCUGGAAGUAAACUGGUUCUGCGCGAAGGAAAAACUUCCAUGGUUCAAUGUAUCUCCAAGGGCGGAAGACCAGCUAGUACUAUCCGCUGGAUACAGAACGGUCAACACGUUGAGGAGGGGGUUGAGACCAAGGUCGAGGAGAUGCAGGGCAGCAGAAGGAUGGCAACCGUUUCCACCCUCACCUUCGUAGUCAACAAGACUAUGCAGGGCCUCGUCCUGGAGUGCGAGGCUGGAAACACGGUAGAAUCUGAGACCAGGGUUGUUAAAACCAGCCUCGAGGUCCAGUUCCAGCCUCAGGUUCAACUUAAACUUGAACCUGCUCAAAUCUACGAGGGAGAUAAAGUUCGCGUCCUCUGUGACGUGGAGGCUGUUCCAGUCCAGUUAGAGUACAGAUGGGAGGUCGGAGGACAGGAGAUCAGUGAGGCCAGGGGAGCUAGUGAGCUUAUUAUAGAGACGGAUCGAGAACUCCACGGGAAGACUGUUUCCUGUAUUGCUCGGAACUCUCUAGGACAAGGAUCUGCUCAGCUCGUUCUAGAUGUUAAAUGUAAGUUGUCUAAAGCUUGGGAGGUUGGGCGAGGAGAAUAUUUGAGCCUCGUUCUCUCUAACCUGACCUCCGGCCGGUAUACCUGCCACGCGGAGGUCGAGGGGUUCCCAGCAGUUACGGCCUCCGCCCAGGUCCAGGUCAGGGGACCUCCAAUCAUCCUCUCCGGCCGUGAGGUCCAGCACGCCACCCUUGGUCAGCCUCUACAUGUUAUCUGUGAGGCUGAGAGUGUUCCAGAGGCCGAGGGAUUCUCCUGGAGCUUCCGAGGACGAGAACUGAGACCGGGUAGCAGCCUCUACUCUAUCCUGGAGACGAGGUUGGGUUCGGUGGUCCGGAGUACCCUGGUUGUGGAGGUUGCCGAGGCAAAACAUCUUGGAGAAUACGUUUGUUCUGUUAGAAACCAGCUCGGGUCAUCCUCAGCCAUUAUUCUGCUGAACCAACUAGAGGCUUUUCCGCUUCUGGUGGUUGUAGCCGGGGCUAUCGGCGGUCUUCUUCUCACGGUCGUUGUUAUCGUCGUUUUACUGGCGUGUCGGCGGGCGGUCAGUUCUAAACCAGACCUCUCCGACUGGCCUCGAAUUCAGCAGGAUCGGUUGAGCACCUCGACAAACACGACCUCGAACCAAGAGGAUCUGGACGGGUCGGAUAGUAUCCCGGAGAUAUAUCUCAAGUCCCAACCUGAUAUUCUGAACUCCAACUUGGUAUAUGGAGGAUCUGGAAACUAUGCUGCUGGGAAGGUUUACUCCAACAACUAUUCUAACUACAGGAGUUACUCGAGUGAGAAUAAUCUUCUAGAUAAUAAUAAAUUUGUUCCCAACUACUCCAGUCCCUACCUUCAGAGUGUUAGUCCUGUCAGUGAUGUUCUCCACACCCACUCCCCCGUGCACCACGCCCAUCUACCGGGACACGCCCACUCCGGAUGGGAUCCUGUCUAUAACAGUGGGAGGUUCAAUGCUGUGGCUCACAGCUUGCAUAGCACUGAAGUUGAUCUUAACGAGAGCUCUGUAGGAACUCAUGUAUAGGUUUAGAUACCUAGGAAGAUAUUUUACCUGGACCUGGAGAAGGUUUAAAACCAAUACCAGGAGAAGUUUCUGAUCUAGGACCCGGAGGAUAAACAAAGACUCGGAGAGGGUUCUGACACAGAAUCUAAAGAAGGUUCUGUACCAGGAACCGGAGAAGAAGCUGUAUCUGGAUCCGGAGAAGGUUCUGAAACAGAACCCGGAGAAGGUUCUGAAACAGGACCCAGAGAAAGACAAAACCUUACUUUACUUACUCAUGGUUCAAGUCAAGUGAAUAACCCAAGAGAGAAAAGACUCUUACAAAAUAUUACGUGAAUUUGUAAAUAUGAAAAUUUAAUUUUACACAACUAUGAUUAUUUCGUUCAUUUCAUGCUUCUCAUUCUUUUUAAUACCCUCCCCCUCUCUCCCCUCAUCAUUAAACUUCAUAACCUUUCUCUCCCCCCUGCACUCUCUAUGUUAAGAAGUGACUGUGUCAACUUCUAUUGUUGCUACGGUUUAACGAUGUUGUGAUAUCGUGCGUUGAUAUUACUGGAAAGCAGUCUCUACUCUAUAUACUCUAUAUACACUAUAAACAGGAAAGGGAGAGACUAUUCACUUAAACAACAAAGAAAUAUCACAACC